AUGUCUGACCCUAUUGAUCAACUUUUUGAUUCUCAUAUUGUUCGUAAUCAGUCUUAUGACCUCCUAAUUACUAUGUUUCUUUAUAAGAUUUUUCUUAAUAUUCACGAGUUGUACUUAGUUUUUCUUAAUUCCCUUUCUCCUGAUAAGGUUCGUCCUUAUCCUUCUGAUUUCUUCCUUUACUUUUCUUGCGGUGAUUAUGACCUUCUCUCUUUUCUUGAUUUUGGUCGUUCUCGGGAUACUUAUACUUUUCUUGAGAACCGUUCUUCUUCUCUUGAAGAUUUUAUCUUCUUUCUUUACGAAAGAAGUAAUAAGAAGGCUUUUUCUUUAGUUUAUAAGCGCUUCCAUAUUCAUUACAGUACUCUUAACGGUACUUCUUUUCAAUGGGAUAAAGACUUUUUCAAUCCUGAUUAUAAGUUCAGUCGAACUAUUAAUCAGACUAUCCGUGUUGCUUCGGUCCUUAAUUGGGAUGAUGGUUGUAAUUCUGAAGAUAAUCCUUUCGAAUCUUUUAAUCCGGAAUAUGAUUCCUUUGAUGUUUAUCGUUCUCAAGGGGAAAGAGAAGAUCGUGUCAAUACUCAAUUUUAUUCUGAUAGUUCUUCUGAUUAUGGUGUUGAUGAUGUUGAUUGUUGUUAUAGUGAUUAUGAUGAUCAUUACUUUGAUAAUUGA